GAACUCGGAGCUCUUCACGCUGACAUACGGCGCUCUGGUCACCCAGCUGUGCAAGGACUAUGAGAGUGAUGAGGACGUCAACAAGCAGCUUGACAAAAUGGGUUACAACAUAGGUGUUCGGCUAAUAGAAGACUUCCUGGCCCGGUCCAAUGUCGGAAGAUGCCACGAUUUCCGUGAAACUGCAGAUGUUAUUGCAAAGAUAGCAUUUAAAAUGUACCUGGGCAUCACUCCGAGCAUCACCAACUGGAGUCCUGGAGGCGAUGAGUUCUCCCUGAUCUUGGAAAAUAACCCCUUGGUGGACUUCGUUGAGCUCCCAGACAACCACUCAUCUCUCAUCUAUUCCAACCUGUUGUGUGGAGUGCUGCGAGGUGCUCUGGAAAUGGUUCAGAUGGCCGUAGAUGUAAAAUUUGUCCAGGACACACUGAAGGGUGACAGCGUCACAGAAAUAAGAAUGAAGUUCAUCAGGCGGAUUGAAGACAAUCUUCCAGCUGGUGAAGAGUGAUUCGCAACCCAGUCUCCCUUUGGGACUGGAGGGGACCAGCUGGUUUUGGCCAUUAGCUUUCAUCACAGAUCUGUAGGGAUCUAGUGCCCCUGUACAUUCAGACUGACUCACUGACUAUCUAAGAUGUUGUUAUAUUCUUCUACCGUUAACUUCCAUCUUCUGUAGAAGACGAUUGUCUGGUUGCUGUUUAUUUCAUAGGUUCAUUCUGAAGCUUUUUCAUAAGGUGAUGUCUUUUUCGUAUUCCCCUGGGGACUGUUUCUACGCUCAGUUUCUAAUUGUGACGUUUGGUUCUGUGAGAACUACUGCUCAAACUCUAGAAGAGCUCCAGUCUGUUCAAACCUGAAUCCAUGUUCUAUUACUAGAAUUGGAGACCAAGCUCUGAGAGCCCACUGAUUUAUUGUUAAAUGCUGUCCUUAAAAAGAAGUGUUUAAAAUUCAUUCAGAGAUAAGUAUUUCUGUAGACCAAACUGGCUUCCUGCAUUUGAUUCUGAAGUUACUAGUAAAAUGCAAGCUUGAUACAAAGGGGUGAUUUGGGAGAGCUCCUUUUGUCGGAGAGCAGUGGCAUCACACAGCAUCGGCAGAUUCAGGAG